AUGGAAAGUGCAGAGAAAUAUCUAUCCUUGCUCAACCAAUCAGAUUUUAGAGAGCAAUGCAUUCGAUUAGUUCAAUAUUUCUCUCUCGGUAUUAAAUCAGGCUUGAAGUAUACCAAUAUGAAUGAAAUUUCCAAAAAAGCAGGGAGACUUAAUGGAAAUCUUCACAUGGUGAGAAAAGUUUUACGAUUUGGGAUGCCAAUAGGAGUUCUUAUAACUUUAUAUAGAAGGCUUUCUAAUAAGAAUUUGGAUAUAAUCAAAUUGGCAAAAACCCUAGAAAAUUUAGUCUCUUUAGUCUAUUACUUUUCAGAUCAUUUUUUAUUUUUGCACAAAAUUGAAAUUAUUCAUAUGCCUCAGGAAUCAAAAACUGUGUUUCUUGUGUAUGUUUUAAGGAACCUGAGCUGGGUUAUUGAUAACGGCUUAAUUGCGCUAAUUAAUGCAAUUAAAGUCCACAAAGGGAACAUCCAGCUUCAAAAAAUGGUAAUUUCUAUAUAGAGAGACCAAAAUCUACAUACUCAAUUUUCACAAUCAAAAGACAGAUAUAGAGCACUGGUAAGAAAAAACGAGUUUUUGCAAUGGGUCAUGAUAAAAUCAAUAUUUGACAUCCCAAUUGCGAUUUAUUAUUUAGAUAAAAAGAAAUUCCACCCUACAAUAAUUGGAAUACUGGGAACAGUGACAUCAAUAAUCUACCUUCUUCAAUGCUGGAAAAGAAAGAAGCUAUAA